AUGUCGAAUGGAAGUACUAUAGCAUUGGAUGCCUUGUAUGAGCUGGUCAACGCUAUUUUAAGUGGCGAAUCUCAAGACAAUUCAUCAGACACUCAACUAAAGUUGUUAACAAUUAUUGUCAAACAUGGUAUUCAAGACAACAAAAAACCAGAUGAUUGGAUAAGGAAUUGCUUAAGCGCUAUAGAAAUAAUAUGUGAAAAAGAUCCACAUUUGCUUAAUGGAGAGUCAGAAGAACCAGAAACAAUGAUCUAUGUUUGGAUAUUGAAAUCAUUGAUUCCAUUGCUAUCUACAACUGAGCUUCUGUUAGUUAAGAAUGUUAAACAAACAGUAUUGACAAUGAUCCACCUUAUCACCACAAAACUACGGUUGUUUAGCUAUAAGAAAGAUAUUAAAACAUUUUUUCUUGAUACAUUUGAUACUUACCUCACAAACCUAUUCAAAACGUCAAUCGAAGAUAAGUUGAUCAGCUUACUAUCUAUAUCAACCAAUUUACUAUCGUUGUUAACAGAUAAUGAAGUACGAAGCAAGCUACUCAUAAGUUCAAUAUAUGAUCAAAAAUUUGAAUCGUCAGCUAGAAAACUAGAUUAUAUUAUCACAGGCCUUAGCCGAUCAAGUGAAGAUGACAAAAUUGAUACAAUAAGGUCACACUUAAUACUUAGCAUGCUUAAUUACACAAUUAAUAAUGAAUAUAUUACAUACUCAAGAUUCAAACAUUUCAUGGAACUUUGUUGUGAAACCAUUCAAUCACCUUCAUUAACUUCAGAUGUAUCAACACAACUAACCAUAUCAUAUUCUUUAUUGAAAGCUUUGGAUCAUUGCCUGGCUACAGAAAAUUUAACUCUAUUCAUGAACUCUACUGCAUAUGAAAAUACAAGUGUUAUCGUGGUAAAGACAUUCCCAUCCUCAUCGUUACAUCAGGUUUUUAAGUUUAUUGGGAAAGUUAUAUCACAGGUUAAUCAAAAUGACCAAGAUAUUGAGGAUAUUACCUUUGAAGAAAUCAAUCUUGAAAACUUAAAAAUGAGCAUUUUAACAAAAUUAUCAUACUCAGAUAAAUCAACAUCAUUGGUCAAAUCCUUAAGAAUUGAGAUACCCGAAAGUAUAGAUACGUUAUCAAAAUGGAUAAACCAUGUCAAAAAGCUUUUAGAGCAACCACUUCAGGAUAAUGAUGAUACAUUCAAGGUGAAUUAUUUCAAAAUCAUUGCUGGUUUAGGUGAUUUCUUUUGUGCUUAUGCUGGCUCGUUCGAUACUAAAACACAAUUAUGUACCAAAUGUUCCAAGUCAUCACUAAAUCUAGACCAUAUAGACCAAUAUAGACAAGAUGUUGAUCAAGAUAAUGAAGUCCAUUUGGCUUAUUUAUUGUUUACAAGAUUUAUUCUAUCAGAUGAUACUGUUAAAAGCGAUACUAUUUUAUCAAUGGCAGCUACAAUGACGAUCUUCAAGAUAUUCUUCCAUUAUCAGCCUCCACAAAUUGAACCAAAUUGUCCAUUCUUUAAAUUUCUAUCUUCACAAAUCAUUUCCACUAAUAGAGAUAUCAGGUUACAAUCUGCUCGGGUAUUACCAAUUUAUUUUGUCUCAAAGUACAAUGAUACAGACGCCAACUCAGAGCCAAUGUUCAAACUUUUGAACAACAUUAAUAUAAAGUCAGAUUUGUAUCUUGUUGAGUCAACCACCAUGGUCUGGGGGCAACUUGCAAUAGCAUCAGAAGGUGAAAGAUUAAAUGCAAUUUUGUUCAAGUUGAUUGAUCUUCUUAGCUCACAAAAUCCUUUCCAAUCAUCAAUCGCAUUUCAUGAAAUCCAAAUAAUUGCUUCAGCUAAAGGUAAAACGCCAUGGCAAUUACUAACUCCUUCAAUGCCAGAUUUGUCAUUGAUGAUUGCCAAAAAGUUAUUUUCUAAACCUGCACUAGGUCAGAAGAUUUCAGAAUUGGUUGGUGUUCCACUUCCAACAAUCUUAUCAAGAACUGCGUCACAUACUGUUCCUUAUCUCUUGACAUAUUAUAAGGAAGAUUUAAUUGGUGAGAUUGCAAAAGCAGCAGGAAAAAAGAAAAUCGAAUUAGUGUUGGAUAAUAGAGCUAAAGUAUUUGCUGUUCUAUUAACUAAUGUCACUGAUGUAAGUGAAGGGAAAAUUCACAGCAUUUUGUCUAAUGCAUGUCCAGAGUUGAAGACACUGGCGUUGUAUGAUCUAUUACCAUUAAUUCAAACAGUAUGGGAGCUUUUGAAGUGUUAUUCUCAAGAACAACAAAAUCAAACUGAAAUAAAAAACGCUUUGGAACUUGCACUGAAGAUUUCUGAUAAUGGUAAUUCAGGUAAGAAAUCACUUAAAAGUUUGCUAGAUCGCCAUAUUCUUGGUGUUGUUCAACAAUUUUCGGAUGCGAUUCAUGAUACAAAAGGUCUUCAGCCUUAUGUUGAGAAACUAAAAGCCAUAAAUGCUAUAGAGUUAUUAGUUCAAAUAUCAGGGUCAUCUAUCGUUUCAGCCUUACCUCAAAUCAUCACUUGUUUACAGGCUGCUCUAGAGAUUACUCUUUUAAGAGAAUCUGGUUUAAGAUGCUGGAAGAUCUUAGUUCAACAAUUGGAGGAAACACAUUUGGUUACCAUCCUAGAUUUAUCAGUUGCCAUAGUAUUACAAAGAUGGGAGAGCUUUGAUAAUAGAUGCAAAAUGGAGGCAAAAAACUUACUUUCUGCAUUCCUUGAAAAAUCGGAAACAUUCAAAACCAAACAUGUACAUUGUUUUUUCUCACUUUCAGCUAAUGACGAACUAUUGGAAGUUUAUACCAAAGUACAUCAUAUUAUUAGAAAGAAUGAAAAAACCAAUUCAUUGUUAUAUGAUAUUACAAGAAGGUGUAAAAAUGACAACAAAUUUGUCGUGAAGCAGGCUUUGUUGGAUUUAAACAGAUUUUUUAUUCAGUAUCAAAGCGAGGUAUACACAACACAUCUUCCAAGACCAAACUUUGCACCAGUUAUAUCGAUGUUGUUUGGUGUUCUUCUUGAUAUUUUGCACAAAUUCAAGCUCUCUGAUGACAUUUGUGUUCAGUCUUCUAAAUGUUUGGGUUUGAUUGGUGCUUUAGACCCUACAAAAUAUGAAAUAGAGAAGAAAAGAGAUCAAAUGGUAAUUGCUUCCAAUUUUGAAGAUCCCAAAGAAACUGUCAGGUUCCUAUUAAAGUUCAUUGACCAACAUCUAGUGCCUGCUUUUUGGGCAUCUGAAGACCCAGGAAAACAAUUGUUUUUAGCUUAUGCAAUGCAGGAGCUUUUGAAAUUAUGUGGAUUAGAUUCCUCAAAAUUUAAUGUGAAUCAACACGAUCCAACGUCUCAUGAAUAUUUGCUAUGGUCACAAUUCAGUGAUAUUUCCAAAUCCACAUUAACCCCAUUAGUUUCGUCCAAGUAUAGUGCAAGUCUUAGUACUUAUAAGCCAAUCAGUUAUCCAAUUUAUGAUGUAAAGAAAACACACACCAAGUGGUUAAGGCAAUUUACCUUGGAUUGUAUGAGAAAAGCUAAAGGUGAUAUUGCUGAACCUAUUUUCUCUGUUUGCUCAUCACUGGUGAAGGAUCAAGAUUUGUCAUUUUGUACGUUCAUCCUUCCUUAUGCUGCUUUAAAUUUGGUAAUCCAACAACAUGAUAGUGAACAUGCAGAAUCAAUCAAGACUGAAAUUUUGACUGUUUUGUCAACUAAUUUAGAAGAAGUUCACCAUUUGGCUGCAGACUCUUUAAGGCUUUGUUAUGAAUCAAUUUUUAAUCUUUUGGAUUAUUUUAGAAAGUGGAUUUUUGCAAGAAAACAACUACUAAAGAGACGUAUGGUGAAAGGUGUUGAUUUUGGUAUACAAGCAGUCACUAGGCUACUUGAUAGUGUUCCACAGCAGUUAAUGGCUAAACGCUCUUUACAAUCAAACUCUUUUGAUAGAGCCAUUUUAUAUAUGGAACAGUGCUAUAGAACAGAUUCAUAUGAUGAUUUCGGUACUUCUUUUUUUGGUACUCUUCAAAAUAUGUAUGCAAACGUUGGUGAUAUCGAUGCUCUUGAUGGUGUUCUAAAGAAAUUUUCUACGAAAAGUUUAAAUGAUCGGAUCACAGAGCUUGAGUAUAGUGAUAAUUGGAAAAUGGCUCAGGAUUGUUUUGAAGCUCUAGGCUCAGAUGGUGGUGAUAUUUUAAAGUUAGAUGCUGACACGCGUUUAUUGAAUUCUCUAUACAACCAUAAUCUCUAUGAUCAAUCGCUUCAAAAGUUAGAAAAUCUUGUGAAAGUUAAUGAACCCAACGUUAAAAAGGAAUGGCUUAAUAUCGCCUUAGAAGCCUCUAUUUUAUCUGGGAAUCUUGAAACAUUAAGUAAAUGGAUGUCCAAAUUUGAAAAUUCAAACUCUAUAAAUGAUUCACAAUUGCUUGUUAAUUAUCAUAUUGGAAAAGCUUUGGUGAGCUUGAAUGGCGGUUUGCUUGAUGAAUUUAAAGCUUCUGUUGAAAAAGCACAGUUGUUAAUUGGUGGUCAUAUCAGUAUGAACCGACCAGCAACGUUGUACAAAAGCCGCUCUAUGCUUGUGGUGCUUCAUUCUUUGAGUGAUAUAGACUCGAUAUCAAAACAAGGGAGCUCACAUACAUUUGCUAAUACUGCUGCUCUAAUGGAUACAAGGCUGGAAAAUACUGGAAAUGAUUUUGUUUCUAACUGGUACAUUUCUUCAAUGAGAAGAGUAGCAGAUGGAAUUGUUGGUAAUGAUUUUAAUCUUGCUGAUAUUAGUGAUAGUUGGGUCUCCUCGUCAUCGUUGGCUAGAAAGCAUAAUAGAAUUGACCUAGCUACAUCAUCCAUUAUGAAUGCCAUCAGGUUGAACAAUGCAAACACUGAGCUAGAGUACGCAAAAUUGCUUUGGGCCCAAGGUGACCACUCUCGAGCUUUGAAAUACAUAGAGGAUUUGAAAAAUGAAGAAAGACCGCUAUCUACCAGGGAUAAAGCAUCUAUUCAAUUGAAAUUCACCAAAUGGCUUGAUUACUCCAACAAUAGCAGCUCGACCAAAAUCAUUGAAGAGUAUAAUUUAGCUAUAAAAUUGGAUCCGACCUGGGAGAAAAAUUAUUAUGCGUUAGCAAAGUAUUACAAUAAACUUUUGGAUAUUAAGAUGUCACCUUCUACGGAAAAAAUAAACUUGAAAGAUAUUUCUGGUGAAUAUGAACGCCGUACCAUUAACUUUUAUCUCAAAGCUCUCCAAUGUGGUAUGAAAUAUAUUUAUGAAGCACUUCCAAAAGUCAUAACUGUGUGGUUAGAUUUUUCAGCAAAUAUACAGGAACUCCCUGCUGAGCUUCAAGACUCUGCAAGGGUCACUGUGUUGGCAGAAAGAAAGAAACACUUGCAACACAUUCAUGAUGAUAUAUCAAAAUGUGCUGAUAAGCUUCCAAAGUAUGUUUGGUAUACAGUGUUUUCCCAAUUAUUGUCGAGAUUAUUACAUCCAAAUAAGCCUACUGGUCAAAUCAUCAUAAUGAUAUCAAGUCUUGUUGUAUCUGAGUAUCCAACGCAUGCAUUAUGGUCAGUGCUAGCCCAAUAUAAGUCUACUCAACAAGAUAGAUCUAGAAAGGCUAAAAAGAUUUUGGAAUUGUUUGAAAAUUCAGACUCUACACAUCCAAACAUGAGUAAUGCAACCUUGUUAUCUGUAUCUAAGAAGUUGUUCAAUCAAUUGAUUGAGGUUUCCAAAAAACAACUACCUAAAGUUAAAGGACCUCUUUCUUUGAAAGACGAUUUUGAAUUUGAUCAUAGUUGUGUUCCUAGCCCUUUGGUCGUUCCUGUCAAAACAAAUUUUGAUAUCACUUUACCAGCAUCAGUUCAAGCCUUGAAAUAUCAUAAUCCAUUUCCAAGUUCAUCAAGAGUCACAAUUAAUAGAUUUGAUAAUAGAGUUGACGUAUUAUCUUCUAUGCAACAACCAAGACAUUUGUAUUUGAAAGGGUCAAAUGGUUAUCAAUAUGGUAUUUUAUGUAAACCUAAUGAUGAUUUAAGAAAAGAUGCUAAAUUGAUGGAGUUCACAACUAUGGUGGAUCAUUUAUUAAAAAGAGAUUAUGAAUCCGAACAAAGAAAACUUCAUAUCAAGACAUAUGCUGUUAUUCCUUUGAAUGAAAACCAUGGUAUUAUUGAAUGGGUUGAAAACAGUCGUACAAUGAGAGAUAUUCUAAAGACACACUAUUCAAAUAUCAAUUUAGGUUUAGAUAUUCCAUUGAUCAGAAAUGUCUUAGAUAAGGAUUGUGAUGUUUCUGAAAAAGCAGCAUUAUUCAAGACUGAGAUUUUGGACAAAUACCCACCUGUUCUAUACCAAUGGUUCAUUGAAAAUUUUCCUGAUCCAUCGUCUUGGUAUCAUGCAAGAAACAAUUACACUAGAACCACUGCUGUGAUGUCUAUGGUAGGUUAUAUGCUAGGUUUAGGUGAUCGUCAUGGUGAAAAUUUAUUAUUAAAUGAAAAAGAUGGUGGUAUAUUACAUGUUGAUUUCGAUUGUCUUUUCGAAAAAGGUUUAGAAUUGACGGUUCCAGAACGUGUGCCUUUCAGAAUGACCAAAAAUAUGACUGAUGCUUUUGGUAUCACGGGUGUUGAAGGUACUUUCAGGAAAUCAUGUGAAGUUACGUUAGCAUUAUUGAGAAAUAAUGAAACUACGUUGAUGAAUAUUUUAGAAAGUUUCUUACAUGAUCCUAUUAUGGAUUGGUCACAUAAAAGAAGGACUAGAAACACACCGCAAUCAGCAUUAUCAACAAUUAGAAGAAAAAUUAGAGGGAUUUUAGAUAAGGAAGGAUUACCAAUGAGUACACAAGGUCAAGCUGAAUUUUUAAUUCAACAAUCAACAUCAUUGGAGAAUUUAUGCCAAAUGUAUAUAGGUUGGAUGGCAUUCUGGUGA